GAAAGUAACACACACGGACUUCGGAAUCUGCAGAGGUUCGUCGCUAGCACUGUCUCGUCUCACAUGCCCCGCACGUAUGUACAAGCUUUUAGGGCUGGAUGGGGGUUUUAACAAGUUGGUUGGGGGCGGCGAAAAUAAGCCGGAUGAAUAUGAAUGUACAGGUACGGGCGUCUCAGGGCCGAUUCCGUCAUCGCCGAGCACUGGAGGAAGCGCCCUUACUUGGAUCGACGGGAGGGAAAGUGAGGGCAAGCAGGGAGGGGGGGCCGGGGUUAGCGAUGUGUGUGAAGGGUGUGAAGGGCGUGAAGGGGGAAAAAAGGGGAGCGGCAUGGCCUCCAUGUCGGCUCCCGCCCCGCUCUUGUACGAGACACCCCGGAGACACCCCUGGCUUGUGGUCACGACACGACCGGCUCAAGGCACCAACUGGUCACCGUCAGUGGCUUGUCACGCUUUGUGCCCAUCCAUCCUACUUUGUGGGGCGAGCGGGGGGCUUGCAGAUAAAUGAAACGGCCUCCGUCCCCCGUCCAAUGAUCUGUCCAAAAACUACCGCGGUCUCGAUGCGCACUGUCAGGCGCCACUGGAAUGCAGAAGGAGCCCUGAAACCCUCGUCCUCCUCGCAACUGCUCGCAACUCAGAAGCCAGAGUCCGACGUGUCGACCAGGGCUUUACAGUCUGCAAAGUGGCCUAGGCUCUGCCCCCGGAGGUUUUUUUACACCACGUCACUAAUCUCUGCCCGGCACGAGUCUUAUGUCGUGUCUGGGAUUCUUGGCUUCGGGCAACCUAUGUAGCUCCCGGGCCCGAUCUUCAAGUCGUUCCGUCAUAAAUCGACCUUCCGUAUGGAGGAAAGCAGAACCGACAAGCUAGUCGGCCCGUGGAUCUUCUCACGUGCGGCUACGCCAUACACAUGCAUCAUAAUGAUCAGCAGAAGGAUUUCGACAAUCUGCAAGACAUCGGAUAACUCGUGCGUGGCCAGGUUAUAUAGCCAGCGUUGGCCGGAGCCACC